AUGGGCAUGGAGAAGAAGAGCGUGGCCAUCAUCGGCGCCGGCGUGAGCGGGCUGGCGGCCUGCAAGCACCUGCUGGAGCGUGGGUGCCGGCCAGUGGUCUUCGAGGCGGACGCCGUCGUCGGCGGUGUGUGGGCGCACACCCCGGACUGCACCAGGCUCCAGACGUCGCGGACCAUGUACCAGUACACGGACUUCCCGUGGCCAGACUCCGUCACGGAGGAGUACCCCAACAACCACCAGGUCGCCGACUACCUCCACGCCUACGCCCGCCACUUCGGGGUGCUCGACUGCAUCAGGUUCGGGCAUCGCGUGGCCGGGAUGGAGUACGUCGGCGUCGCCGAGGAGGAGGUGAAGGCGUGGGAGGAGUGGGCUGGCUGCGCUGACGCAUUUGGCUCCGGCGACGGACAGUGGCGCCUCACUGUGGCCGACGACCAAGGUCACAUGCAGGUACACAUGGCGGACUUUGUGAUUCUUUGUAUUGGAAGGUUCAGCAAUGUUCCCAACAUACCUAAAUUACCCCCUGGUAGAGGCCCGGAAGCAUUUGAUGGAGAAGUGAUCCACUCCAUUGACUACUCUAAAAUGGGUAGCAAAAAAGCUAAGGAGAUGAUCAAGGGCAAGCGUGUGACUAUUGUUGGCUAUGGACACUCAGCCCUUGACAUUGCUAAUGAAUGUGUAGAUGUGAAUGGUAUCGAGAAACCGUGUACAAUGAUUGUCCGAACCAAGCAAUGGAUCGUACCAGACUUCAAUGCUUGGGGUGUCGACAUAUCCAAUUUCUAUCUAACUCGGUUCGCUGAACUCCUUAUUCACAAACCUGCUGAAGGCUUCCUCCUUAGCUUGUUAGCUACAAUCUUGACUCCACUGAGGUUGAUGUUUUCGAAGUUCGCUGAGAGCUACUACUCCAUUAUAAUGAAGAAGCAUGACAUGGUUCCUGACCAUAGUUUAUUUGAGGGGAUAGUGGGGUGUUUGCUUGAACUUGCACCAAACGAUCAUUACAAGAAUCUAGAGGAAGGAAGCAUCAUUUUGAAGAAGUCAAAGACCUUCAGCUUUUGCAAAGAAGGUGUGCUUGUUGAAGGUGAACCUUCGUUGGUAAAGAGUGACAUAGUUAUCUUCGGAACAGGAUUCAAUGGUGAUGAAAACAUCAAGAACAUGUUCACAUCGAAAUACUUCCAGAGUAUUUCCAUUGGCUCGGCAUCCACUACUGUACCACUCUAUAGGGAGUGCAUACAUCCUAAUAUUCCACAACUUGCGGUCAUUGGAUAUUCUGAGAGCUAUACAAAUCUGCACACUUCAGAACUACGGACCAAGUGGCUGGCUCAUUUCAUGGAUGGUGGAUUUAGGUUACCAAAUGUUAAAGCAAUGCAGAGGGAUGUCCUUGAAUGGGAGAAGUUCAUGAAGCGCUACUCUCGUGGGGAAUUCCGUUCGUCAUGCAUUGGACUUCUUAAUACCUGGUACAAAGAUAACUUAUGUCGGGACAUGGGAUGCAACCCAAGAAGGAAGAAUGGUUUUUUUGCUGAACUAUUUGAGGUCUAUGGUCCCAGCGAUUAUAUUGAUCUUCACCCUAAGUAAGGGCGGAUCUUAAGCCAGGAUUCUCAUCUAUGGGGCUUGAUUACUAGUCUAUGCUUCUUCAAACAUGUACAUGCUUUCUGGCUAUACUAUGUUACCAGUUUGCAUAAUAUUUAUCAUGUUCAAUAAAACUCAUUGUCGUUGAUUGUUCCCUA